AUGGGCCCUCGAGAUUCCGACAGCAUCUUUUAUUUUCUUUCUUUCUUUCUUGUAUCUUUCAUUUUCAUGCUUGUCUUUCCAUUUCUUUCUUAUUUUUAUCAUUACUUUUCAUUUUCUUUCUUUCUUUCUUUCAUUACAUUUCAUUUCCUUCAUUCUUUCCUUUUUCAUUUUCUUUCUCUCAUUAAUCUCAUUUUCUUUCUUUCGUUACUUUUUAUUUUUCUCUAUUUUUGUUUUACUCUUCAUAUAUAUUUUUCUCUUUUGCCUUUCCAUUGUUAUUUCUUUUUUCUCUUUUGCCUUUCCAUUGUUAUUUCUUUUUUCUCUUUUGCCUUUCCAUUGUUAUUUCUUUUUUCUCUUUUGCCUUUCCAUUGUUAUUUCUUUUUACUUCUCAUUUUCUUUCGUUCAUUUUUACUUUACUUUUCAUGCUUGUUCUUUUUUAUUCAUUUUUCUUUCUUUUACUCACUCACUCACCUCACUCACUCACUCACUCACUCACUCACCACUUUCAAUUCCCCCUUUAUAUUUUAUUUCUAUUUAUAUCUUCCAUAA